ACGUCGGAACAUACGCACGUUAACCACGCUUGAGUGUUAUCGAGUUUUCAAGAAGUUGAAUUUAAAAGAACAUUUUGAGAGUUCGAACAGUGAGUGUGUGAUCUAGAGAAAUUAACUGUCGAAGUUGUUAUCACGAGUAAAUAAGGAGCGAAGGUGUGCGUUAGCGCGAUGCGCGGGCGCGCCCCGCAGUGCCGGCGGGCGGGCGUCGCGUUGGCCGCGCUGUGUGCGGCCGCCGCGCUCGCUGCCGCAUUGUCUUGGAACUCGAUAUUCGAGUCCGUUUUCUCUUCUCAAAUAGCACUGAAGCCAGAUUCCCGCGCCUUCCGUGAGUGGGUAGCGCCGACACUGCCUUUGCUUUUCGACGUGUAUCUCUUCAAUUGGACGAAUCCAGAGAAGUUUCCAGAAGAAAUUCCCAAUCUGGAAGAAUUAGGUCCAUAUCGCUUCAGAGAGCACAGACGGCACGUAAACGUCACGUGGCAUCCCAAUAAUGGUUCCAUCUCAUACAGAACGCAGAGGACGUGGUACUUCGACGAGUCCAGUAAUGGUACACUGGAAGAUAACAUCACUAUCAUCAAUGUUAUAGCGGCUUCAGCCGCCUACCAGUCAAGAGAGGGUAGUUUCCUGCGCCAGAAAGGCCUGUCCAUGGCCCUAACCAUGUUCGGCCAUGGCAUCUCCAUCUCCAGGCUGGCUGGUGAACUUCUCUUUGAGGGCUACGAGGAUCCCUUGAUAGAUAUCGCGAAGAGUCUACCGGAGAGUACAAGGGGAGGUGCACCUCCGAUUGAUCGAUUUGGGUUGUUUUAUGGGAGAAACAAUUCAAUGGACACCGAUGGUGACAUGCUGGUGACAACUGGUGAAGAUGAGGGUGUGUUGCCGGGACAAAUCAUCACCUGGAACCAUCUCGAUCACCUCCCGUACUAUGAGGGAAAAUGCUCAGUAAUGGCAGGUAGUGCAGGAGAGUUCAUGCCCCACAAUCUGACAGAAGAUUCCCUACUAGAGAUAUUCAUGGGUGACCUGUGUCGAACAGUGUACUUCAAUUAUACGGAAACAAACAACCUCCAGGGUCUGACGUACCACAAGUAUUCGUUGACAGAGAACAGUUUUGAUUAUUCACCAAAUUCACCAGAGAACUCCUGUUUCUGCAAUGGCCAGUGCGGCUGGAGUGGAGUGAUGAACGUCUCCGCGUGUCGGUAUGGAGCACCAGCCUUUCUGUCCUUGCCACAUUUCCUGCAUGGAGACCCCGAGUUGAGGACCAAAGUGAAUGGCCUGAAUCCUGACCCGGAGAAGCAUUCGUUCUAUUUUGGGGUUGAACCGAGACUUGGUGUACCAGUGGACGUAGCAGCUCGAUUUCAAUUUAACGUUUAUUUGGAACCAUCUUCAAAUAUAGGAUUGUUCGAAGACGUCCCACGCAUGAUGUUCCCCGUAUUCUGGGUGCAACAAAAAGUGACGAUCGACGAAAAAGUCAUAUCGGAAUUACGAAUGGUUCGCUCCGUCGCUGACUGGGGCGCGACCAUUUGCGCCUGCGUGGCUCUUACCUUCGCCGGCAUCAUCACAUUAGCGUCAUGCUGCAAGAAAUCUCAAUUUAAAAAGCCUAAAGACCUUAUUGUGACACUCGAAAAGCCGAAAGACGAAGCUGAGAUGAAAUUAAAUCCGAUGCAAUAGUUAGUUGAGAGUAAAAUAUCAAGGUCAUGGCAAUACCGUCUCGUCAUGGACUAAGGAGACGAUUUUAGUAUCUUUGAAUCUUGCUAAAGAAGUUUCACUUCUGACACGUGUGCUCAUUUUUGUGUUAAAACUAAGAGCAUUGGACGUUGACUCCAAAAUGGAAGGUUUGAUCAAUCGUGGCUGUUUAUUAAUUUUAUAUAGAAUAAGAUGAAGAAAGAGAAAAUAAUGUUUGAGGAAUUGAGAGAAGACGAAGAAUGAACUUGUAUUACAAAAUUACAAAAAUGUGUAGAAAUGUAAGAAUGGAUUGACAAUUCUAUACCUACUAAUUAUUUUUAAGUAAUUUUGUACAAUUUUAAAUUAUUGUGACGCUGUACAUAAGUAAUUGUACAAGAAAGUAUAAUAAGGGCUGAUUUUUCAAUCCUUGGUUAA